GCACCGCUCCCACGACGCCUGGCCGCUCUGCAAGCGCCCGCGCCCCAAAAAAGUCAUGGGCAUCUCCGACCUCUGCUACCGUUUCUUCUGCUGCGGCGCCCGCUCGAGGGAUAGCAUAUACGACCCGGUGCUCGCAGACAGCGAGAGGGAGGCUGUUGCCGAUCUGCUCGGCUUCCUCGAAAACCGAGCAGAGACGGAUUUCUUCUCGGGCGAACCCCUCCGCGCAUUAAGCACCCUCGUCUACUCAGACAACAUUGAUUUGCAGCGGUCCGCAAGCUUGACGUUUGCCGAGAUAACAGAACGAGAUGUCCGAGAAGUCGACCGGGACACGCUCGAGCCCAUCCUGUUCCUGCUCCAGAACCCCGACAUCGAGGUGCAGCGAGCCGCGAGUGCCGCCCUGGGCAACCUCGCAGUCAACACUGAGAACAAGGUCGCCAUUGUCGCUCUCGGCGGCCUGGCGCCCUUGAUCAAGCAGAUGAACUCGCCCAACGUCGAGGUCCAGUGCAACGCCGUCGGAUGCAUCACCAACCUGGCCACACACGAAGACAACAAGGCAAAGAUUGCUCGCUCGGGCGCCCUGCAGCCCCUCACACGCCUUGCAAAGUCCAAGGACAUGCGCGUGCAAAGAAAUGCGACGGGCGCCCUGCUCAACAUGACGCAUUCAGACGACAACCGACAACAGCUUGUAAACGCCGGUGCUAUUCCCGUCCUCGUCCAGCUGCUUUCCUCGUCCGAUGUCGAUGUCCAAUACUACUGCACUACGGCCCUCAGCAACAUUGCCGUCGACGCCAGCAACCGCGCUAAGCUGGCACAGACCGAGGGCCGCCUGGUGGGCUCCUUGGUGCACCUCAUGGAGUCGUCGUCGCCCAAGGUGCAGUGCCAGGCCGCGCUCGCCCUUCGCAACCUUGCCUCGGAUGAGCGCUACCAGCUCGAGAUUGUGCGCGCCCGCGGCCUGCCGUCUCUUCUCCGCCUCCUCCAGUCUUCAUACUUACCGCUUAUUCUAUCCGCCGUUGCAUGCAUACGGAACAUCUCCAUCCACCCCGCAAACGAGUCGCCCAUCAUCGAAGCCGGCUUCCUCAAGCCCCUCGUAGACCUGCUUGGCUCCACCGACAACGAUGAGAUCCAAUGCCACGCCAUAUCCACGCUCCGCAACCUCGCUGCAAGCUCUGACAAGAACAAGCAAUUGGUUCUGGAGGCUGGUGCCGUGCAAAAGUGCAAGUCGCUUGUGCUGAAUGUGCGCCUUCCAGUCCAGUCGGAGAUGACUGCCGCAAUCGCGGUGCUUGCUUUGAGCGAGGAGCUCAAGCCUCACCUGCUGAAUUUGGGCGUCUUUGAUGUGCUCAUCCCACUCACGGAAUCAGAGAGCAUCGAGGUGCAGGGCAACAGUGCCGCUGCAUUGGGCAACCUGUCGUCCAAGGUGGGCGACUACUCGAUAUUCAUCCAGAACUGGACAGAACCCGCAGGCGGAAUUCAUGGCUAUCUCCGCCGCUUCCUGGCGAGCGGAGACCCAACGUUCCAGCACAUUGCUAUCUGGACACUACUACAAUUACUCGAAUCCGAAGACGCAAAGCUGAUGGAACGCAUUGGCAAGUCCAACGAGAUUGUCGACAUGGUCACGGAAAUCGCCGACCGCAACAUUGAGUCGGACGACGAGGACAAUGAAGAUGGCGAGGGCGAAGUCGUCACGCUUGCACGCAGAUGUCUUGAGCUACUGGGCAAGAGCCCCAAGACGUUUGUCGAAGGCUAAACGACCGUCGAAUCGCAUUUUUAUACCCUGUUUCUCGGCUGUUGACGGCUUUUGCGCUCUGGCUAUCAUCCACCGUAUUCAAUUUUCCUGAUUAUGCGUUCAUGUUGGACUCUGCUUUUGGGCCAUUUGGAGGCUGGCGUUCAGGGAGCAGAUGUAUCCUCAGUAUCUAUAGCGAGCAUUGGCGGAGUGGGCUUUCAGACACACCCUCUCCCACCCACUCACCCACACACACACACACAUCGGCAUACACAU